CGCGGUCCCCAUCGGCACCAAUCACACCGCACACACGCCCGUCCGCGCCCCUCCUCGGCAGCGCCAGGGGCUCUUCGUCCGCCGAUACAAAGCUGCUCGGGAAAUGGCAGCAGUCAAAAGCAAUUUUCCUUCUUUAUUUUUAUUUUCAUUUUUUAAUUAAUUUUUUUUUCCGCGGUCUCUUGUGCAAAAGAAUUAAUUUCCUAAAUACAUACAGGGUUUUAUUUUUUUUUUUUUUAAUUUUUUUUUUUUAUGUGUGCGUGCGUGUGUGUGGAAGCACCGGGCUCCUGCGAUCGGUGUCUGAAUGAAACUACGUAAAUGCAUAUGUCUGUACGUUGCACUGGAGGGAAAAACAGAGCACUUCUGCGAGAGCUUGGAUUCAAAUGUGGUUCAUCUGGUCUCCAGGAUUUUCCGUCUCUUUGGGGUUGUUCGCCUUCCCAGGCUGCAAGGCGUUAUUUUCUGAGCUUUGACACAUUUUUGGAGAUGUCUGUUAAACAGGAGUCUGGGAAAAAACAUUUGAAAUCAUAGAAAUAUUUUUUUUUUGUCCCUUUCCCAUCCCCUUGGUGACUUGAAGCAUCAAAGCGGCCAGAACUUAACCUUUCUGAAGACUUGUGAUGUUUGGAUUUUAUUGUUGCUAUUUUUCUUUUAGAGGAAACUUGACAGAGGAACAUAUUUAUAGUCCAAGUAAGUACUUUACAGAGGAAAUUUAGUUUGUGUAACUUAACAAAAAAACCCAAAACCUAGUGUUGAGGUUUCUAGCAUAAAGUGUGUUGGAUUAACGUCCAUCCAAGGCUGCUUUGCAAAUUGUGUUGAAUUGCAGUUUUUACAGUGUGUGUUCAUCCACUCCUUCAUGUCUAUGGUAGUCCAGCACCUGGGGAAAAUGCACCUGAUUUUGAGUCGGUAUAAUAUCUUUUAAGAUGUAUUUCAACACCGAGGAGGAAAUGGUCCUAAAGUAAAUUUAUAAUAAGUAAUAAAUGUGCACCUGGAAGUAAAGUCUUUACAACAUUUAAAUCCCUAUUUAUGACGUGCAUCUCAAACCGAGGAGGAAACUCUGAGAAGACAAAAGUACCUCCAAGACCCCGAGAACUCCCCCACAACAGCGUGAAUGAAACCGUAUCCAAUACAGUAACUGGAUUAUAAUUUUUGGUGUUAUUAAUUUUAUUAUUAUUGGCUGCUUUACUUUUUUGGGUUCAUCCUGCUCCUCUUCUUCCUCUCUCCCUUCCUCUUGCUGCUUCCUCUUGGGAAUUAUGGCUCAUCCGGGGAGAAGAGGCUACGAUAACCGGGAGAUAGUGCUGAAGUACAUCCACUAUAAACUCUCGCAGAGGGGAUACGACUGGGCUGCCGGUGAGGACCCGGCACCCUUGCCUCCAGGUCUCUCUCCUCCUGCUGCUGCUGCGGUUGCUGCUGCUGCUGCUGCUGGGACUUCCUCUGAUCACACUGGGCUGGUGUCUCCGCACCCCGAGCCCCCUGGCUCGGCUGCUGUUAGCCACACACCCCUGGCCGAGGGGCUGCGCCCCGCACCCCAGGUCGUCCACCUCGUCCUGCGCCAGGCAGGGGAUGAGUUUUCCCGCCGCUACCAGAGGGACUUUGCCCAAAUGUCUGGCCAGCUGCACCUGACGCCCUUCACGGCCAGGAGCCGCUUCGUGGCGGUGGUGGAGGAGCUCUUCCGAGAUGGGGUUAACUGGGGCAGAAUUGUGGCCUUCUUCGAGUUCGGCGGCGUGAUGUGUGUGGAGAGCGUCAACCGGGAGAUGUCUCCCCUUGUAGACAGCAUCGCUGCCUGGAUGACUGAGUACCUGAACCGGCACCUGCACAACUGGAUCCAGGACAACGGAGGCUGGGAUGCCUUUGUGGAGUUGUAUGGCAACAGUAUGAGGCCUUUGUUCGAUUUCUCCUGGAUCUCUCUGAAGACUAUCCUGAGUCUGGUUCUGGUGGGAGCUUGCAUCACUCUUGGCGCUUAUCUCGGACAUAAGUAGAGUCACCCAGUUUAUUGUGGAUUACAAAAGUCUUUCAAAACAACAAAAUAAUAUUUUUUUUUCUCUAGCACAAUGAUAUUUUAUGAGCAAAGCAACUUCCCAGUGAAAGAUUAAAUCAGCUAUUACUGCCAAAGGAAAUAUCAUUUAUUUUUACAUUGCCGGAAAAUUAUUUAUUAAAAGAUAUUUACAUUUUUACCUGCUAUUUUCAGAACCUCAGCAAGUUGUAUCUGUCAUCCCAUCGUAUUGUUAUUCUUAAUUUUAAUGAGCCCCAGAGUAUUUUAGGUUUUGUUGGGUUUUUUUUAAUUAAUGCCGCUGGCUGGAUUAUUUUAUCUCUGAAGAGCAAAUAUACUGACAAAGACCUACCUGCUUACACUUACGAGGGCAGUUACUUGAGCUGCUAAAGCCUGCGAAAUUGUGUUGAUUUUCCUUGCAUUUUCCGGGAGGGAUCUGAAAGACAAGGUCAGCAUGAACAAAGUUCUCACCCUGUCCUGCUGGCAAGAACUGAUGUAGUAAACAAUUCAACAUGGUACAUAUGUGGAGUCAAGAUGGAAAGGACCACUUGAAGGACCACUCGGCUAUCCCUACAGGACAACAGUUGGAAAUAUGGUUGCCUAUGCCUUUUAAACAUGUGUUUUCCAGUUACCAGUUGUGCCAUCACAUCAUAAUCAUAAUACCCACACAAUACAUGUCAACCUUUUCUUAAAUAAGUGUUUUAAUAAGUGUGAAGUUAAAUCUUUGGGGCUUGCAGGAAAUUGCUGUUCCAAUGAUUUUCUCAGCAGUAAAAUGUUUUUUGUGGCUACUGACACAGAAACAUCAGGAGACCUUAAGUGCCUGCUUCAACAGAGCAGAGCUGGAGUCUGAAGACCUGACCUGUGUCCCACUUUAGUGGGCUCAUAUCUGCAACUAAUCCUGCUUACUUACAGAGUUCCUCCGGGGGUUUGAAACCAAUUAGAUGUGGUCUCUAAAUCCCUGAAAGUUGAAAAAGAUCUUAAUUUUAUUUGGCAAGAAGCAGACCUCAGCUAAGUUACAGAUUAGCUCUGACUAUCCUUGUUUAUCAAACUGGACACCAAAAUCAAGUUCAUUUUCAUAACAGGAAAAGAAAGUGAGAUUUUUCAUCGCACCCCUCGCCCUCAAAUUUAUUUCAUGCCAAUAAUUUCCUAAGACUGUCUGCAGAAGAAAAGAUAAUAAAGAAACUCAAAAUCCUCUUUCUGGACAGAGACUCUUUGACACCUCGAUCAGGCAGGUGCCUACUGUCAUCUCAAGUGAAAAUAGGGUGAAGGAAAAGGGGGAGUGGGAGGUGUGAAGUCAUCUGCUCAUGUUACAAAAAUGCAACGCAAGUAAAAUUAAUGCAGAGUACAUAAUACAGUUUUAUAAACAGACCUGUAUUCUGAAACCAGAUGUGUCAAUGCCUUUUAAAGCAGGGCUUUCUGUGAGCUCAAAGGGGCCAGGAGUCCCCUGGAAACUGAAGACUCUGAAGUGUGUCCCAGGGGCUGCUCUGAAGCAUGGAAAUGUCCAGCUUCAAAUGUUUUAAGUCCUGCGCUUCUAUUUUUUUUGUAUGAAACUUUUGAAAUCUGGGUUUUUUGGGUAAAUGAACAUCCAGAUAUAAAAGGAGAGAUUGCAAAGCUCUGGAUAAAAUGUACCAUACGGUACAUAAGUGCUCAAAAGGUGAAAAACAUACAGUGAAUAAACUGUAGCUCCAACCUCAAGAUUUCAGUUGAAUAACUUUGUGGCAUUAUAUGCAAAAUAUCUCCUGUAACUCGGGAAUGUAAUAUGUUCAAUGUUAAGGCUGUAGUUGAUGUUGAGUCUUCAAAGCUGCUUUUAUGUUUGGUUGUUUUUUUUAAGAGUUGUACAUCUCAGCAUUUUUACUGCUAUAUAGUCAUGGCACCAACACUUUGUAUGAGCAAAGAUAAGAUGGAGCAAGCUUACAUUUCAAAUUUGAAAUUACUUAAUUUUAUAGAAACUUAGAAAAGAAAUAUUUCUAAGAACACAAAAAUGUGAACUAUGCUUGAUUAAAGAAAAAGGAAAAAUCUGACCAUCAAACAAAAAGUACCUGCAAUGCUUUCAGAGUGCUUCUGUCAGAAGUGGGGAUGCUCAUGUAGGAUUUAUAUGAAAAAUAUUUGAAAUCAGAAGGAUUGAAUAUUGUGGAUUGAGUGUGGGCUUUGUUUUUUCUUUCAGCUUCCAAGCUGAAUUUGUCUGCAGCCAAUUGCACAACUGGAAUUGGCUGGUAUCAAGCUAAUGUUUCAUUUCACAAUCUAGUCUUUGUUUCGAUUUGUGCCCAUAUGCCCAUUAAAGUUUAUUAACUAUUAGACCUCAAAUUGCUUCAAUAUUGUUUAUUUUAUUAAAGGUUUACAUUGUCAAAAGUAGUAAAAGUAUCAAUUCCAGUGCUGCUAUACUGCCAGGAUAAUUUGAAUGGGUUUUAGUUUUUAAUACCUUCCAAUGGCUAAAGUUUUUUUAAAGCUGCUUUAGAAAUAAUAUGAAGACGACACGUGAUACACAUUUAAAUAAAUACUGAGGAUUCUGUGUUCUGUUGUGUCUACUCACUGGACUUCCCAGUGUAUCAGUUAAUACCUGGCAAAAAGAAGAGUCACGAUGACUGUUGAUGAUUUUAUUUUAUUAAAGAGCCAAUGGAGUUUUCCCAUCCUGACUGCAGAAUAGUACAGUAUUGUGGCUGCAUUAGGUAUGAUGAUAGUUGAUAAUACAUUUAUUAAGGAACAUAUUAGAAACAUUGAAUGUAUAUAAAAGCUUGAACUUCUUAAAUAAAAUCCUCUCUUUUCACUCUUGCAUUUCUUUUGCAAUCAUUCUUGUCUCUCCUACUCUUCAUUACACUUUCAUGUAAGAUUUUUUUCCCCACAAAAUGCCUUAUAGACUUCCAUGCUCAACGACUAUGCUUCAGUGAAAAUCCAUCCUCUGCCACUAUGUAUGCAUAGAUAGCUGACCCCUUCUGGCACAUCCAGAUUGUAAAAGCAAAAAAAAAAAAAAAGGAGGGGACAUUUCUGAAGUGAAAAGGGGACAUUUCUGAAGUGGUUAGAUGUGGAAGAUCAGAGAGGACAACAAAGGAAUAGGUCAAGAAGUGGAGGGAAACAGAGAGAUCACUGAAAAACCUCCUUGGUUAAAGAUGAUUGCUAGUUGGAAGUUUAUCUUUUAUCCUUUCCAUUGAAAAAGGAUGAUAUAAGGGCAGAGAAAAAGCUUACAGAGGCCCCACAAGUCUCUACAGAACUUUGUUAAUGCUGAAGAGAGUCUUUUGUAAAACAGCAAAUCCAUACCAUUGAGGAGAAAUACUUGAUUUUACUGUGUUCAGCUUAUGUGUCCUUAAUUCUUUUUCACUCCAUUUAUUAAGAAAAUCCUGAAGAAAAUAUUUUGCUUCUGAAAAGAAUAAUCUAUAAGAUCACCUAAGAUCUGUUAUAGAUCAGUAACUUAGGAACAGAUGGAAAAACAAGAAAAAAUAUUCUGCAAGCAAAGCAUUCUUAAAUCAGAGCUGACACAGAGUGCAUUUCUUAAUGGAACAAGCACUGGAUCCACCAAAGGACUAAUGGGGCUGUUGAGGUAACAGAGAAUAUACAGAUUAGGACGGGGGCUGGAAGAUAUGGCAAAUGACAUGGGUAUGUAAGAGAAUCUUUAGUUUCAUAUGUUGCAGGAGUUCACCCAGGAUGGUCUGAAAAUUAUUUAUAACUAAAAGCAGCUACAAAUGUGUGCACUACAGGGCUACAGUUACUAAAAAUUUUCAAUUACAAAAUCAUUUGAAAAUUAUUAUAAAAUUAUCCUGUCUAUAAAAGUUCAUCCAUCUGCUGUUGUGAUUGGGGAUUAUGUAGCCUGAGUAGGUUUGCACUUAUAAGGAACAGUUAUGAUAAAAUAGUCCGAAACCAGAUGUGCAAAGGCAACAUGAAGGUGAUGCAGUUCAAAGAACACGGAUCCAGUACCCCUAAUCUUUGCAUGCACACAGUCUCCCCAGCUGAGGCAGUGAGUCUGGACUGCAUGCUUUGACCCUGAGGCACGACACUGCUUAGCUGUUCACCUGCAUUCCACUUGACAAACCUAGAGGUCCUGUUGAUUAAAAGUAUAGUAAAGUAGCACGUUUAAAGCAUUUCUUCUUUAUCCUCUCUAUCUCUGAACAAACUAGGAAAACGAUUCAUUUGUAUAACGAGUUUAUGGUUCAGUACUAUAUGAAAAUUUAUACAUCUUUUAAUUUAUGAAUAUAAAAAUUAUUUCUCAUUGCAAAAGCCUAGCUUUGUUUUUCAUCCCUAUCUCUCUUUCCAUCAAGGCUAAAUACAAGGAAGAAAUAAGAGCUAAUUUAAUCUGUAUUUGGUUUAAAUCACACUUCUAUACUAAGUUAAUGCAGCUUCAUGACACAACAAAAUUAUCUUCAAAAAGUAAUACAGCAUUAAGAGUUCCACACAAAAACUGUAUAUUUUUAUAAUUUAAAUAGCAUAUUUUUUUCUUUUUUUCUGAAUAUUUGAAUUUUAAUUAUCACCAGCAUAAAUGUACAUAAGCAGAUAUUGUUUAUCCAGUAUCUUUGGAGAUGUAUGUAUGGUAAUGUAGUUUGUCAGUUUAUCAUCAUUCAAUACGAUUAUGUUGUUCUUUGUCUUUCAAAUGUUAUCAGAACAUGCUGCCAUUAAACUUUCCAUGUCUGUCUAGUUUAUAUUGUGAAAAAUAAUAAAAGCACACUGUGAGAUA